AUGGCAAACUACCAUUACCAAAAUUAUAUCGAUGAAGCCAUGGGAUUCGACGACAAAGGUGGAGGAGGACUAGCCAUGGAAGAAUUUCUAUGGAAUGAAAUGUGCCCAGAAAUUUACACCGCCAACAUGAUCGACGACGAAGAGUGUUUUGAUCCUGCGGCUCGUGACUCCGCGUGCAAUUCGUCUUCUUCUAUACCUACAGUUGGCAACACCACAUUGCCACAAUCCAUUGAUUCUUUAACUACAGAAGAAGAAGCUUUUGUCGAUUUCCGCGAUGAAGAUCUUUCAUCAGGCCUCAGUGAAGAUAUUUCCAAUUUCCAUGCUAACCUUUCAAAAGCAAGAAAACGGAUGUCGCAUGAUGAACGUCGCCAGCGAAAUAACUUAUCAGCUAAAAAGUCCAGAGAGGCCAAAAAAAUCAAAGAUCGUUAUCGUUCUAUUACAGCAAAAUCGCUCGAGACUGAAAAUGCCCGCUUGAAACUUGAAAUACAAAUGAUGGAAAAGCAAAUUCAAACAAUACGCCAACUGCUGCUUCGCGAUCAUAUUUUUACCGUCAGAUCUUUGCUGCGUUGA